ACAUUAUUUUUGACGUAUUCCAAGGCUGUUUUUGGCUCUUCCUCAAACUCUUAUGUCAAACUUCCGAUUCAAAAGCUAGCGAAUAUUCCAAACAUAAACUUAGAGGAUGCAUCUGGUAUUUCUAAAAGAAGCGAAGCUUUCAAUUCUACCUUGAUAAAUAUGUUUGCAAGUGCAGGCAUAUAUGUUGUCGAGAUGCAAGUCGGGACCCCUCCCCAAACGGCUUACCUCCAGUUAGACACUGGCUCUUCGGAUAUGUGUGUUAAUGAGGCCAAUACCUCUUACUGUGAAUCAUUGGCCGAUGGGCAUGACGUUUGGACUAGUAAUUACGAGCUCACAGCAACUGCUACUGAGAUCUCUUCUACAGCUACUUCACGUAAGGCUUAUAAUACACCCUGCUCGUACUGGGGUACCUUCAAUCCCAACACCUCUUCCACGUUUAAGUAUAAUGAGACAAAUUUUCGUGUAACAUACGCAGAUAAUUCGUACUAUGCAGGAACUUACGGGACGGAUGUUGUCUCUUUGGGUAAUAUUACUCUAAGCAAUUUCACUUUUGGGGUGGCCAAUGAUACGGAAAAAUAUAAUGGCAUUUUAGGCAUAUCGCUUCCUUCUGCAGAAGAAACAGAUGAAUCGGGAAUGCCCUCCGGUAAAACACCCUUUGUAUACGAAAACUUCCCAAUGGCAUUGAAAAGCCAAGGGAAGAUUGAAAAGAUAGCAUAUUCCUUGUUUUUGAAUGAACGUAAUGCUCGCUUUGGAAGCAUCUUGUUUGGCGCCGUCGACAAAAGUAAAUACUCAGGACAGCUUUACACUCUUCCUAUGCUGCAGGCUUACAACAGCCUUGAUGCUAAUAAUCCAGGGAUGUUUGUUACAGCACAGAGCGUCGCCAUUUUAGAUAGCAAAUCCGGCAACAAAACUGUUUCAGAGGUUCAGUUCCCAGUAUUGUUUGAUUCUGGUACAAGCACUUCUCUUUUACCUACUGAAAUUGCCGACGCCAUAGGCAAAAUUUUCGAUGGGAAGUAUAGCUCCGAUAACCAAGGCUACAUUUUUGAUUGUUCAAAAGUGAACGACACUCUAUUGUCUGUUGAUUUUGGAGGAUUCAAUAUUUCUGCAAACAUAUCCAAUUUUGUGACACCACUAAAGGAUCACUGUGUUUUGGAUAUUAUGGCCAGUGAUGAAGUGUUUCUGUUAGGGGAUGAUUUCCUUGUCGACACUUACGCUGUCUAUGAUUUAGAAAAUCACGAAGUUUCUCUUGCUCAGGCCAGCUUUAAUAGUCAAGAAGAAGAUAUUGAAAUUAUCUCUGAUAGUGUCCCAGGUGCCACACCUGCUCCCGGAUACUCCAGUACGUGGGUGUAUACGCCCGGUAGCCCCAUCGGAACAGGAGAGUUUUACAAUGUCAGUCGGACCUCCUCUUCGGAGUCUUCACAAUACCAAUCAUUUUAUUCCACCGAAAUUAGUGAUGGGACUAGUUCUUCCUCAAGCGGUAGUAGUUCCAGUGAAACGACGACCAAAAAGAAAAAUUCGGGUUACAGAUGCCGUCAUUCAUCUUUUUCCUUUUCAAUAUUAUCUGUUAUAUCUUAUUUUCUUUUGUAA